AUGUCCAGAGAUCAGCUGCAAGGUCCCGAAGAUGGCGCUGCAAGCCCUUCCAGCAGCGCGAACCCUGAGGCCGCUGCCGUCAUCUCUACCGACAACAUCACAAUGUUGCCAACACAAUCAUCCCCCGCCAGACAGCACCAUGCCAUCAACCACAACAGCUCGACCGAUGGCAUACUUUCUCUCCUACCAGUUCAUAACUUGGGAGAUUCAACCAAUCUAGAUCCAACCACCUUCUUCGCCCCCGCAAUGACCAAUCACAGCCCAGACCGAGACAGUUCCCGAUUUCUGGAUCUGAAGAGCGAGAUCCAAGCUCAGCUCAACACCUUCCAAAAUGACCUCCUUCUCAUCUCAGAGCUCGAAGGACCACCAACCGCUACAAAGAACAGCGUAUUGGAAAAGGCCAAUGAAAGCCUUAAGCGGCAAAUCAAUCGAUUGCAGAAGAUCACGAACAGUAUUAGGUCGAAGACUACUGAACCUUCAUCAACAAGAGCCACAUUAUCGGGAGCCACAUCAUCGGGAGCCACAUCAUCAGCGACAUUGUCAUCAACAACAUCGUUAUCAACGACAUUAUCGUCCUCAUCCUUACCCUCAUCUUCCUUUACUACGGACUACACCACUGGAGAAAUCAACUCCCUCCACGCUACAGAUGCGUUUCUCCCAUCAACAUCGGUAUCAGUAGCGCCUCUUCCCGAGCAAGAAGCUGAAUUGGUGGCACCAACUUCUCUCCAACCACGCCGUAAGAAAAGAAGACGAAGCAGCAAUGACACCGGUGACCCCCCCGACGCCCAAGGCCCUGCCAAUCCCAACCAUGGCACGAUGAUGAUACCAUAUCUCCACUCAGCAUGCCCUAACGGCACAUCGCGACAAGAAGUCCCACCCAUCCCUCUCCCGCCGACAUCGCCCUUGUUCCAAGAUGAUGACAUCUUGAACGGUAUCGAAGACACGCUACAUCCUCUAUUCAAUUGGCAAGACACGACAGGAACUGCUGACUGCUUUUCGGAUAAUUUCUACCUUAUGGAUUUUGAUAUACAGAAAGAACCAGAAAAUAUAUCAAAAAAGGGGCAUGUUUCUUUUCCCUUUACUUGA